GGCACUGCGGUAGCGGCGCUACCGCGGCGGCGGCUCCGCGCCCCCCGCCCGUCCUCCUCUUUCUCCUCCUCCUCCUCCUCCUCCGCCGCGCCACUUCCAGGGGAGGCUGGUGUCAUGCGGCUGGCGCCGAGGGAGGGGUGCCCGGGGCCGCAGCAGCAGUGAGAGGCGCCGCGCCGAGCCCCUGCGAUGACAGCCAUGAAGGAGCAGCCGGCGCACCCGGGCGGCAGGGGGAACCCGCCGCCGCCGCAGCCCGACCAGGAACUUGGAAGUAACAGCCCUCCGCAGAGGAACUGGAAGGGAAUUGCAAUUGCGCUGCUGGUGAUUCUGGUUGUUUGUUCACUCAUCACCAUGUCUGUCAUUCUUUUAACCCCAGAUGAACUUGCAAAUUCAUCAGAAAACAGAUUAUCCUUGGAAGAUCUCUUCAGAAAAGAGUUCGUAGUUCAUAAUCCAGAAGCCAAAUGGAUUAAUGAUACAGCAGUGGUGUAUAAAACCAGGAAUGGACAUGUUGUUGAACUGAAUGUAGAAACAAAUACAACUACAUUAUUACUGGAAAACACAACUUUUGUAACCUUCAAAGCAUCAAGAUACUCUGUUUCACCAGACCUCAGAUUUGUUCUUCUUGCAUAUGAUGUUAAACAGGUAUUUCAUUAUUCUUACACAGCUUCAUAUGUGAUUUAUAACAUCCACACAAGGGAAGUUUGGGAGUUAAACCCUCCAGAAGUAGAGGAUUCAGUAUUACAGUAUGCAGCCUGGGGUGUUCAUGGACAGCAACUGAUUUAUAUAUUUGAAAAUAACAUCUACUAUCAGCCUGAUGUAAAGAGCAGCUCAUUGCGCCUGACAUCCUCAGGAAAAGAAGGAAUUAUUUUUAAUGGAAUUACAGACUGGCUAUAUGAAGAGGAACUUCUCCACUCCCACAUUGCCCACUGGUGGUCUCCAGAUGGGGAAAGACUGGCCUUCCUGACCAUCAAUGACUCUCUGGUGCCCAACAUGGUCAUUCCCAGGUUCACAGGAGGUCUGUAUCCAAAGGGAAAGCAGUAUCCAUAUCCUAAGGCAGGUCAAACAAACCCCACAGUAAAGCUGUUUGUAGUUAAUCUGUAUGGACCAGCACAUACCCUGGAACUGAUGCCACCUGACAGCUUUAAGUCAAGGGAAUAUUAUAUCACCAUGGUGAAAUGGAUAAGCAACACCAAGGCUGUGGUGAGAUGGUUAAACAGAGCUCAGAAUAUCUCCAUCCUUACAGUUUGUGAAACCACAACUGGAGCUUGUACCAGGAAAUAUGAAAUGCAGUCAGAUCUGUGGCUCCCUAAACAGAAUGAGGAGCCUGUUUUCUCCAAGGAUGGCAGUAAGUUCUUCAUGACCGUGCCAGUGAAGCAGGGUGGCCGUGGUGAGUUCCACCACAUAGCCAUGUUCAUUGUGCAGGCCAAAAGUGAACAAAUCAGUGUGAGACACCUGACUUCAGGGAACUGGGAAGUUAUCAAAAUCCUGGCAUAUGAUGAAAAUACUCAAAACAUUUAUUUCUUAAGCACUGAAGAGUCCCCAAGAGGAAGACAGCUGCACAGUGUAUCAACAGUGGGGUCACUGAACCGUCAGUGUCUCUCAUGUGACUUCCAGAAGGAGCAAUGCACCUACUUCAGUGCCAAGUUCAGCCCCAUGAACAGGCAUUUUCUCCUGCACUGUAAAGGACCAGGUGUUCCAGUUGUAAGUGUGCACAGGACAAGUAAUACUGAAAAGUUUUAUAUUUUGGAAAAUAACCCUGUGUUGAAAGAAGUUGCUCUUAAGAAAAAGAAUUACAAGACUGAAAUCAAAAUGCUUCACAUUGAGGAUUACGAAUUCCCUUUACAGUUGUCACUGCCAAAAGAUUUCACGGAUCGAAACCAGUAUGCCCUUCUAUUAAUAAUUGAUGAAGCUCCAGGCAGCCAGUUGGUUACAGAUAAGUUUCACAUUGACUGGGACUCAGUGCUUGUCAACUCUGAUAAUGUCAUCGUAGCUCGAUUUGAUGGCAGAGGGAGUGGAUUUCAAGGCCUCAAGAUCCUACAGGAGGUCCAUCGGUGCUUAGGAUCAGUGGAAGUGAAGGACCAAAUAGCAGCUGUAGAAUCACUUCUGAAACAGCCCUUCAUUGAUCCUAAGAGACUGGGUAUAUUUGGAAAGGGGUAUGGUGGCUACAUUACAUCAAUGAUCCUGAAAUCCAGUGAGCGGCUCUUCAAGUGUGGAGCUGUGGUGGCACCAAUCACAGAUAUGAAGUUAUAUGCAUCAGCUUUUUCAGAAAGAUACCUUGGGAUUCCAUCAAAAGAUGAAAUUACCUAUCAGGCAUCCAGUGUAUUACACAAUCUUCAUGGUUUAAAAGAAGUGGAUUUGCUAAUAGUUCAUGGGACAGCUGAUGCUAAAGUUCACUUCCAGCAUUCAGCAGAACUAAUUAAGCGUCUAAUAAAAGCUGGGGCUAAUUACACUAUGCAGAUCUAUCCGGAUGAAGGUCAUAACAUUGCUUCUGAGAAAAGCAAAUAUCACCUUUACAGCACAAUCCUUGGGUUUUUUAGUGCUUGUUUAAAGGAGGAGACACCAAUUUUACCACAGGAGCCUGAAGAGGAUGAAUAAGGAAGCCUAUUUGUGUAGUACUGAAGGGGACUUACUCUGCAGCUCAAUAAAACAUUAAAUAAAAGUGACUGUAAGAUUGCAGAUUCUGCAGAAGCUCAAGGGCAGCUAAAGGAUACCACAGUGGAACAGCACAUUUACAGACAAUGAGCUAAUAAACUGGAAUUCAACUACAAAGUCCAAACAUAUUACCAAGGGAAAAAACCUUUACCUUUGUGGAAGGUCAACUGUUGGUUACAGUUUCCUGGAAGAACUUAGUUUUGCAUAAGUGUAGGGUUAGUGCAUGUUUGUUAUGUUAAGCCUCACUGUUGGUUCUGUAAGUGGUUGCUUGUUUUUGGUUUUUGUUUUCUUUUUUAUUUAAAUGCACAUCUUUAUUCAUCUUUGCAUAAGGCACAACCUAUCACAAGUAUUAUGGCCACUAAUAUUCUAAAAGGUGAACUGGAAUCUAACACUGUAAUGUUACAAUAAGUGCAAUUCUUCUGCUGUCUAUUACACGUAAGAAACCACAGAGAUAAUAAAGGGCACGGUAUUUUCUCUAGUUUCUGCUCAAAGGGGAUAUUGUCUAGUGCAUCAUAUAACAUGGUUAUUGAAAAUUAUUUCCCCCACACAAUUUAAGCAUUUACAAUUAUUACUGUACCUAUUAGUAACCAAUAGGGGUCUUUUUGGUGGUGUGCUCUUGGUCUUUAGGUAUAUACCCAGGAAUCCCUAAGCAGAAAUUCUUUCUGAGCUUGAAGAAACUUUUUCAAGAUGUAAUUGACAGCUGUAUUUAAAACAAUAUCUGCAAUUGAAAUCAUUCCCCAGUCCAAAAUGUAUCUAUGGUUUCCUUAAAAUAUGUUUGAGUUGUGUUUUGGUAUUGUUUAUAGUAGUUAAUAGUUUGCUGGUUACACUCUAAUUUUAGAAUAUGCUACUUUGUCACAUGUAAAUUAGAUACAUAAAUAUUAAAUUAUAGUUUCAGAUAAAGAAAGUUUAUUAACAAUGUAUAAUGCCAUUGAGUAAUACUUUACUCCUCAAAUGAGGACAUAUUUUGUAUAGUGCAUCUUCCUUUCCUCCCAUCUGCUCUCAGAUGUAAUUCUGAUGUUCAUCACGGUGGUGACGUAGCUCCAACACACCUUUAGUUCUUAUUCCAAGGCUGCUCAUUCAGUCUCUUGCAACAAGAUUUAGCUUCAACAGCAUCACAGAGGAAUGAAAUGUUUUUCAUUCAAGGCAAAGGAAGAUCUGACAGAUUAGAUUUUAUUAUUUAUUCAGAGGGCGAGCCCCUCGUGCAUCCAUUUAUUUGCCAGGGUGAAGUACAGCAAUAGAAAUUGAAACUAUGAAAUAAACAAGGCAGCCAGGAUGGGUCUGCAGAAUAUUAACUCUGAUCAUGGAAAGCAACUACAGUGUUGGUUUAAUUUGAGAUAUCUUCCUGAAGGUAUGUGAAAACUCCUGACAGAUGCUGUGCCACUUAUAGGGGAAUAGCUGUAGUUUUCUUAUUUCUGGAUAUAUUCCAAAUACUUUCCUAUAUAAUUAAGGUUUAAUUUCUUGCAAGACUAAAAUGAAAGUAAUUUUUGAAGGUAAAUAUGCUAUUUAAGAUGUAAAGUUCUGCAUAUUUUAUGAGAAUGAGAAUUGUUUUUAAUGUAAUGAAAAAUCACCUGAAGCUUUUUUACUCAUCACUUCCUUCUGGAAUAUUUUCUUUCACUGUUAGGAUUUUUUUUAUGAUGCAAAUAAUUAAUUUGUCUGAAAGGCGUGGUUUUAUGGAACACUGAAAAGUCUCUUGUCUUUUAAUGUUUAGUAAUUCUCUCAUUUUGUUAGCAAUGUUCAACUAUUUUUCAAUUAGUUUAAUACAAUUUUAAUGUGCAAUGAUACCUUGUUUGGGUCCCAGUGUUACCACAAAGUAUGGCUUUGCUUUGUGGCAUUUAUAGGACAUAUGGAGUACAUAUGUAUAGCGUAGGUAGGGUAUAAUUUAUGGGGGCUACAAUGUGCACUACAGUAAGAUCACACAAAACAACAACAGAAAAGUAAGAGCAGAAUUCAAACAAGGUUUUUCAAAUCCUGUUUUCUAUGGAGGAGCGUCGUUUUCAAGUCUUCUGUUGGCUGGGACUGCUGCUUUGUGAUUUUAUAAAUGACACCCGUCACUUAAUAAACGCUCACCUGACAACACU